GUGUUUGGAGGGGGGGGGGGGGGGUCAGAGGGUCUCUGUGUCUCGAGGAUCUUGAGGGUCCUUUUUAAAAUAACCCACGCGGGAUAGUGGCAUGCUUCUGUCACACCGCCCAAAUGAGGGGUGUGUGUGUGAUGAGGGUGGGGGGCGUGUGUGUGUGUGUGUGUGUGUGUGUAGGGGGUCAGAGGGUCUCUGUGUCUCGAGGAUCUUGAGGGUCCUUUUUAAAAUAACCCACGCGGGAUAGUGGCAUGCUUCUGUCACACCGCCCAAAUGAGGGGUGUGUGUGUGAUGAGGGUGGGGGGCGUGUGUGUGUGUGUGUGUGUGUAGGGGGGCGCUCUGAUUGGACCCGUUCACUGCUGGAGUUUCUCGUGAAGUUGGAGUGGGAGGAGAGUUUCCAGCAGCGAGGAUGUCAAAAAUAAUGCGCGCGUGUCCAGAAGAGGAGAAAGUAUAAAUACUCGGCUCGGCGCGAGCGCAGACAGACAGAGCGAGAGAGAGAGAGAGAGAGAGAGAGAGGGAGGGAGACAGAGCCUGACGAGGAAUCAGAUCCACAAACCGGACAGUCCGAGGAAGACGCCCCUCUGACGCACAUCUGUACAUUUAUUUCCAUUUGCGGCUUCCCGAAGAUGUUGCACGCAUCCACGUGCGCGGUACUACUGUUGCUGUGCUUUGUGAGCGCGGCGCGCGCCUCUUCUUUUGAGUCUGAGGAUGUUGUUCCUGUCCGGAUCCACGCGCGGAGGAAGCGCAGCGUGGAACUGCCGGUGUUCGCGCUCCGGGCGUUCGGGGAGGAGCUGCUUCUGAAGCUGGUCCCGGACGCCCGCUUCAUGGCGCCCUCCUUCUUCAUCCGCAGCAUCCGAGCCGGGGACGGCGGCGUUCUGAACCGGACCCAGGAGGCGGGGGGAUCUCUCCGGGGCUGCUUUUACUCUGGAACCGUGGGUCAGGACCUGGACUCGGUCGUGGCGGUCAGCCUGUGCUCCGGCAUCUCCGGCUCCUUUAUCACAGACGGGAAACAGUUUUUCAUCCAACCCAAACGUGACGGCGGUCUCCCGCUGCUGGAUUCCACGGAGCAGCCGCAUCUCAUCAGGAGAACGGCGUUCAGCGGGGGCCGCGCGGAAACUUUUACGCACGGCGCAGGUGGCGCAGGGAGCGCGGGGCGUGGCAGGCGCUUCGUGUCCGCGCCGCGGUUUAUAGAGACGUUAGCGGUGGCGGAUCUGAGCAUGAGCCGCUUCUACGGGGAGGACAUCAAGCAUUACAUCCUGACACUUAUGGCAGUAACCGCACAGCUCUACAAGCAUCCCAGCAUCAAAAACUCUGUGAAUCUGGUGGUGGUGCAGAUGCUGGUGGUGGAGGACGACCAGGUGGGGCCGCAGGUCUCCAGCAACGGAGGCAUGACUCUACGCAACUUCUGUUCCUGGCAGCAGCUCUUCAACUCACCGAGUCAGAGGGACCCGGGACACUACGACACCGCCGUGCUCUUCACCAGAGAGGACAUCUGUGGACAGAAGGACUGCAAGACACUCGGUGUGGCUGACGUGGGAACGAUGUGCGAUCCCAAGAGAAGCUGUUCUGUUAUCGAGGACAACGGCCUUCAAGCUGCCUUUACAGCGGCGCACGAGCUUGGCCAUGUGUUGAGUAUGCCCCAUGAUGACUCAAAGACAUGCAAGAGGCUGUUUGGGGAUCUUGGAGGGCAUUACUUGAUGGCUCCUCUGUUUGUCAGCCUGAACAAAAGCGCUCCCUGGUCGCCCUGCAGUGCCCUGUACAUCACAGAGUUUUUUGACAACGGACACGGGGACUGUCUGCUGGACGUUCCUGAAACUGCCAUGCCCCUGCUGCAGGAACUGCCUGGCGCCAGGUACAGCCUGGACCAACAGUGCCAGCAGAUCUUCGGAGAGGAGUUCGUCCACUGCCCCAACAGCUCGCUCAGCGAUCCCUGCAGUCAGCUGUGGUGCCAAGAGGUCGGCACGUCGCAGUGCUCCACCCAGAACGGCAGCUUGGCCUGGGCUGACGGUACGCCUUGCAGCCCCGACAGGUCGUGCCUUCACGGAGUCUGCAUGUCCACGCAGGAAGUGAUGCAGCCGCUGAUCCUUGUGGACGGCAGCUGGGGAGCGUGGGGACCGUGGCAGCAGUGCUCCAGGACAUGUGGAGGUGGGGUGGAGUUCUCCCACAGGGAGUGCACUGAUCCAGAGCCUCAGAAUGGGGGAAAGUACUGUGAAGGACAGAGGGUUCGGUACCAGUCCUGCAACACGCUGCCGUGUGCCAACGAUAAAGGUAAAAGUUUUAGGGAGGAGCAGUGUGAGAAGUACAACAGCCCCAACUACCUGGACCACAACGGAUUUGUGAAACAGUGGAUACCAAAAUAUGCCGGAGUUUCCCCCAGAGACCGCUGUAAGCUGUUCUGCAGGGCGCGAGGCAGCAGUGAAUUUCAAGUCUUUCAGUCCAGGGUGAUUGACGGGACAACCUGUGGCCCCGACACCACUUCGGUGUGUGUUCAAGGCCAGUGUGUGAAAGCUGGCUGCGACCAGGUGAUCGGGUCUCAGAAGAGGAUGGACAAGUGUGGAGUUUGUGGAGGAAGUGGUCUCAGCUGCAGGAAGAUCACAGGCUCCUACAACAAAGCCGUCUACGGGUACAGCGACAUCGUCACCAUUCCUUAUGGCGCCACCAACAUUGACAUUAAACAGCGCAGCCACAGGGGGAUAAAACAUGAUGGGAACUACCUGGCAGUGAAGAGGGAGAAUGGGGAAUUCAUUCUCAACGGGAACUUCUCAGUGACAACGGUGGAGCAGGAUAUUCCUGUGCUGGGUGCAGUGCUAAAGUACAGUGGCUCCUCCACCAGCCUGGAGAGGAUCCAGAGCUUCAGACAGCUGAAAGAGCCCAUCACGAUCCAAGUGCUGGCUACUGCUGGAGAUGCCAACCCACCCAAGAUUAAAUACACCUUUUUCAUCCCAAAGGAGACAAUGUUCAACAAAUCCAAAGAGAAAAAGGACUUGUACUCAUCUCUGCUCAUAGAGAGUGUCUUUGAUGUGCCCACCUGGGUGCCAGGAGAGUGGUCUGAGUGCUCCAAGAGCUGUGGUUCUGGAUGGUCCAGGAGGAGUGUUGAAUGCAGAGAUGGGGAAGGACUCCUCUCCUUUCAGUGCGACAAAGACCACCGGCCCACAGACAUCAGGCCCUGUGGGGAUCUGCCAUGCCCAUUAUGGCAGAUGGGGCCUUGGUCUGCCUGCUCACAAACUUGCGGCCGAGGCGAGCGUCGGCGCAGCGUCCUGUGCAUAGACUACACCGGAAAAACUGUUGACCCAGAGCUAUGUGACCCAAACAAAAUCCCAGAGCCCAUCUCGGGAGAAUGUAGUACCCAUGAGUGCUUUUGAAGAAGGUUAAACAAGUCUUUUGUCUGAGUGCACGUCAGCCAUGGACAGAUUAUUGAGUUGGCAAUCCAGGAACAGGUGGGGGAGCACACAUACGUCCGCACUAGCUUGAUGCAUUUCAGAACAGAUCUACAUCCACACUACAUCACUUGCAGCACCUACCGCGACUGGGCAAACAAUGGCUUCUUUUAUAAACGGAAAGAGACCCAGGUGCGCCUUCAGGUGUUUCUUGAUGCAAGAUAUCCUGGUUUUGCUGUUUAAAGGUCAAAGUUACUGGACAAAAUACUCUUCCCUUUAACCACUUAACACACUGACAUUCUUUUGACUACUGUAACUUUCCAACUGUUUUUGUAAUUUAUGUAAUUCCAGCAGAUUCUGAAGUGGAGAAAAGCAGCCUUGCGUUGAUACACAACACUUUACAUUAGUCAAAUGCUAACAAAGUCAACAUGAAUCCUGAUUUUGACUUUUAUUUAAAGCAAUUUGUUGCAUAUGGGUACAAUCAGGGUCAGAAUCAGCUGAUUCAUGUUGAUCACGGGAACGAUCAAGGAGUUACAGUAUGUCAAAAAGCCUGUCAUUUAAGACAUCGUCAGUGUUCAAAGGUUCAGUACAUCAUCUUUGAUUUGUUCCAAACUGCCAAAAAAGCAAAAAAUACAUUUUGGCUCAUUUUUAGACCCAGUUCUGUUAAUUACUGGGAUGUACUGGUAACUGCUAGCCAGAUGCUCAUGUGAGUAGCAAUUGUGUUACCAAUGUUUUAACUGCACAACAGCAAAUAUAAAGGCCAACAAACUUAGUUAAACUAUAAGUUGAUAUUCACAUACUACUCAUAUUGUGUAAAUAAUGGAAAAAUCAGUAAAAGUGCAUGACAUUUGUAAUAGUCUCCAGUUUGACCCCCAAAACCAAAACCAAAACUAUAACUUCAGAUGUGAAACAAAGACUAAUAUAUUCCAAACAGAUUUGCUUGUGAGGGGUUUGGUGGCCAUGAAAGACACAGGGGUCCCUUAAAAGAGAUGUGGUGUAGAUGUUAGUAGUAGUUAACAUGGCAGCAAUCAGGCUGGUUUUCAAACAUUAAAUUGUUUAAGUCCAAAAGCCUUUCCAAGAUAGCAGAUUUCUGCUAUGACAACAGAAUAAAUAUGGUCACUUGCAGUUAUUUAACCACUAUUGAUGUUAGAAAGCAUUGGAAUCUACCUCAGGGUUUACGUGUGAUAUUUUGUAGAGAUGCUUGGUAACGGUCUGGCGGGGCUUUCUCCAGAAUAAGGCAUAUUUUUAGGCUUGCUCAGAAAGAAGCUAAAAUACUGAUUUAUAGCUUGACCUUUGGGUCUGCAGGGUCCAUAACUUUGGUAUGAAACCUGCUGUCAAAGGCCAUCAUGGUCUGAAUGGACCUCCAAAAACUUUAUAAAGCUUUUGUUCACCUGUGGUACAUGUAGGUAAACCCACAUGAGGCUGAGAGCUUGUCAGCCUUCAGACAUUUGAUCCUGUGUCAGUGAUGUGUUAUUACACGAUUGUACUCAUCUUCAUGCAAUGUAUUACAUCUAUCUAGAAAAGGAAGAACAUGUUGUAAACAUUGAGGACUCUAGAGUGUCCUUACAAGCUUUACUCCUAUCCUUCCAAACUUAUCAUUUUGCCCACAGAUGGAAGAGCAUCUGUUUGUGUCUGUGUUUCAGAGGACAACCACGAUUCCAGAGAACGCUGGGUUUCCUGUUCAGACCAGUUUUAUUCACUAGUUUGCAUAUUGUAUUUGGGUGCGUUUCUUGCAGGUAACCGUCCCCACAGAGAACUGAAGUGCAGAGCAUGAAAUGGUUCUCCACUUUGAUCCAGCAAGAGUCGAUGCCAGUUGGAACCAAUCUGGAGAGCUGGGAAUGUUAGGUGUUGAAUAGUUUAAAAAAAUUGUGCCUAGUCAGGCUCCGGCUCCAAAAAAGCACUGGAAUGAGCUAAAUGAAACUGCUCACAGUGGAGAAACUCUGGCCCUUAGAGAUUAGUGACAGAAAAUCACACAUGAAGUGUUGACUCCUGAACUAUCAGACAGAUCAGUUGUGCAAAUGUUCUUUAGAGCAGCCUUUAAUAUAUUUGAGUAAUUGAAGUGUGAUAGAGUAUACCAUUUUUUUAAAUUUCAGACCUAUUAUUUGUAUUUUGUUUAUAGGCACUCACAGCUGUUGUAUGAUUUGUGUGUGUAUAUUAGACAUGUUUAUUCUUUUGAUAAAGUUGCAGUAAAAUGUAAUAUAAAAUGAUCCACUAAUAUUCCUUCAGUGAAGGAAAGUACCAUUUUAGUGACAGCUUAAAAAAGCUAUUUAUUUUUGUAAAGUUUGUAAUUUUGUCUUGUAAUUAACAUUGCAGGUGCUGUUGUAUUUGUAAAAAUGCCAGUUAAACACAUUUGUGUCUGUAAAUGACUCUUUUUUGAGUGUAAGUGAAACUGCGGCACAAAUGCACAUAUAAAAUGGUUUCAAAACUA